UUCGGGACAAGCACUGGGCUUGGCAGUGAAGUCUGAUCUUGUCCUUUUUCUCCUCCAGCGAGAGUUGUCCCUUUAACACGGGAGGAGGGGCCAAGGCUGCAGGAGGCUGCAGGGAGCUGGCAGAGCUGGUGCCAGGCAGGCUGAGGCCCAGCUGGCCUGGGGACCUUUAGGAAGGAAGCCCUCCAGGUGGUUGCGGGAAUGGAGGACUGCCUGGCCGAGUGUGCUAAGGGGCGGCACUUCCACGUAAUCACGCCCCUGCUGGAGAGCUGGGCGCUGUCCCAGGUGGCGGGCACGACUGUGUUCCUCAAGUAUGAGAAUGUGCAGCCGACUGGCUCCUUCAAGAUCCGUGGCAUCGGGCACUUCUGCCAGCAGGUGGCCAGGAAAGGAUGCAGACACCUGGUGUGCUCCUCAGGGGGAAAUGCAGGCAUCGCUGCUGCUUACGCUGCUCGGAAGCUGGGCAUCCCGGCCACCGUUGUGCUCCCCGAAGGCACCCCUCUGCACGUGGUGAGGAGGCUGCAGGGGGAGGGGGCCGAGGUUCAGUUGACUGGAAAGGUCUGGGAUGAGGCCAAUCUGAGGGCGCAAGAGUUGGCCAAGAAGGAUGGCUGGGUGAACGUCCCCCCGUUUGACCACCCCCUGAUAUGGGAGGGCCAUGGUAGCCUGGUGUGGGAGCUGAAGGCAGCGCUGGGGACCCCACCAGGCGCCCUGGUGCUGGCAGUUGGGGGCGGAGGUCUCCUGGCCGGGGUGUCGGCCGGUCUGGCAGAGGUGGGCUGGCAACACGUGCCCAUAAUCGCCAUGGAGACGCAAGGGGCACACUGUUUCAACGCGGCCAUCAAGGCAGGCAGGCUGGUUACGCUGCCGGACAUCACCAGUGUGGCCAAGUCCCUGGGUGCCAAGACGGUGGCUGAGCGGGCCCUGGUGUGUGCGAAGGAGUUUAAGAUCUUCUCUGAAGUGGUGGAGGAUGCUGAGGCUGUGAAUGCUGUGCAGCGUUUCCUGGAUGACGAACGGAUGUUGGUGGAGCCUGCCUGCGGGGCAGCCUUAGCUGCCAUCUACUCAGGCACCUUGGGGAGGCUUCAGGCUGAGGGCUGCCUACUCCCUUCCCUGGCCUCAGUUGUGGUCAUCGUGUGCGGAGGCAAUAAUAUUAACAGUGGAGAGCUGCAGACUCUGAAAACCCAGCUGGGCCAGGACUGAUGGCUCCUGGUUUGAGAGGACUGGCUGGGCCCCAGGGAUCCCCAAGAGGCUCCUGGACACUCUGAUAGCUAGCUGAGGGGCCUCUGUGCUCAUAGAUGGCAGUGGAAACUACCCUGUGCUGUUGUGCCGGACGCCUCCUGCAGGAAGCCCUCCUGAACUGCUCCCUUUGGCUCCCCUGCCCCUCUGGCCAAUAACCCCUUUCUGAGAUGAA